CAAAGCAAAGCGACAACGAAAAAAUGAACAGAAUUAUUAGAAUUUAUAAAUGAGUCGUUGUUAACUCAUUAACCAUAAACCAGAAAUCUUGUUGUUCAGUAAAGUUUUUUACUGUAGUUUACGAUCGUUCAAUGACUGUGUCUCCUUUCUGUAUGAAUUCGCAGUACGCAAAGAUAACGACGACGCCGGGGCGCACGUCUUUAGCAGUGACCGCUGGACAUUGGAAACACCAGCAGCAACAAGCUCAGCAGCAACAACAAUUGGUGAAUAGUAUCUUGGUACAGCCUGUAACAAGAGUAGCAACCGUGGUACAGCCCCAGAAGGUAAGGGCACAGGAAGCCAGUACCAGCGGCUUCAGUGGCCCUGACAAAACUAACUACACAAAUAUCACUGCGGCCACUAUGACGCCCACCAACACAGAUACGCCGUUGCGUCGCUCUGAAGCGGGUAUGUAUCGUGAGGGAGCACGUAAUGUCAAUGCCAAUCUUGGAACUCCCUUCAACGACGAUGAUGAAGAACGGCGUCAGGCGCGUCGGCGCACCAUGUUGCAAGGUAGCAGCGGUCGCGAGUCCAUGUUCGAGGAGAAUGAGACGCUGAAAAAGUGCCUCGAAAUAUAUAACGGGAACAAGCUUAGUAGAGAAAAUGCUUGGUCAUUAUCGCUGAUUGAUACCCUUUCAACACUGUUAGAUCGUCACCACAAAUCGCUGAAUAACUUUAAGGUCGCUGGCUCCUCACUAGAGGCUUCUUCAAAAGUAUAUGGCCUUCGCGUCGAUUCCGUACACACGGAUGUGCUACGUAUGUCAGCGGGAUUGAAUGCGCAAAAAUUUGCUGAUCGCCAGGUUCAAAGUGAUGACGAUGAUGACGUGGCAACGGGUGGCGAAGGCAACGCAGAUCCAAAUGCGUCAGCUGCUGGCGUUAAUGAGAAUGGUGAGAAGAUUGCCGAAAAGGCCAAACCUAAACCGAAGCGUACGCGUCGCAUUGUGUCAACAAUCACAAAGAAUAAGGAUACCUUAAAUGCGCGCUUAGAUACAGUGCCUUUGCAGGAUCCUGUCUUUGGCAAGUUAAACACCAUUGUGGGUUCAAUAAACUCAUCAAAUCGACUGAUGAACAAUAUAUUGUUGACUACGGAAUCAGAGUUGCGGCUGCGUACUACCUUUCAGUUUUGGGAUGCAGAAGCUGUAGAGUCAGGUUGCGAUUACACAAAGCCACCCGAAUCGAUCACAGCACCUGGAAAUAUCCCUGCUGAAUCAAUGGAUUGGGCACCCUGCGAUCGGUUAAUGCAAAUAAAGCGUAUUGAUGAAUUGCAGCUACGCCCGCUGCACUCUGGAUACGUGAUUUCUGAUACGCCUGAGGCGAUAGAAGAUAAUAAUGAUGAGCCGGGCAGUCUGCGAAGCAGUGUGGAAGCGCCGUUCGAUGAUGCGCCUUUUGAUGGUGCUAAUUGUGGUGAUGGUGGUGGCGAGCACAUGUCUAUGGCAUUUGAUAUCAACGCCGAAUGUGAACCACUGCCGGCAUUAAACGAUCAACCCGCCAUGCUUGAUGUGGACUACAACGAUUUUGAAGAGUUGACCACAGAGGAGCGUACUGCCAUCAACAACUGUCGUGGUUUGCGCAAAGUACCAGUGGUCAUAGAAGAUUUGCGCCCUGUUGAUGCCAAUUCAAAGCUCGAAUAUUCCUAUCGUCCGCUAGAUAAGAUAUCACAAUUCUGGGCCGGUCCAUCGCAUUGGAAAUUUAAACGCGCACGCCCGCGUUCGUCUAUACAGGCCACAUUACAAGGCGUAAAUAAUCAGCGACCAACGGCAAGACGCGCCAAUGCAUUCAGCAAGAAACGCUCGAAGCAACUGCAAUUCGAGAAGGAGUUCGAUGAUAUUUUCGUCAAGUUAGACAAGUACAAAGCGCGUAAAGUGAAUUUCCAAAAGAAGUGGGAUCAACGUAAACUAAAGCUACCAACCGAUUUACAAUUAGACUCGGAAAUGUUUCACAAAUUCAAGUGCGCACCGAGUGCAGUAGUGCAACCGGAUGUUGACGACGAUGUACAAUCGCCGUUGUUGGCUGGUGGAGAUGGUAUGCACGGUAAUAUGAUGGAUAGUAAUACAGCAGGUGAUCACUUUGCCGAUCACGACGGUGGUGGUUGUGGAGGAGAAGGUGGUGGCGAUACUGAUGGAGUGACGGGCAUCGGAGGAAAUGCUAGCUUUGGUGGUGACAAUUUCAUGAAUGUUUCUUCAAUGGCGCUGGGAGAAGAUGGUGUUAUGCAGCAAUCACAGCUAGAUGAUGGAGGUGAUGCGCUUAAUAAUACCGUCUUGGAGAUAGCUACAAGUUUUGAUGGUGCCCCUACUCAGGUCACCAAAAUUAUAGUACCGUUCGCGAAGCGCGCCAAAGUAAUUGACAUGAAAAAUUUGAAACGUUGCUGUACACAAUUGAUUAAUAAACAAAUUAAAGUUCCAACGCCAUUAGAGGAGAUACCACAACAUCCAAUCAUAAGAGGCGAGCACUUUGCGGCAGGCAUGGCCAGCUUUAAAGAGGUAUAUGAGCAUCUGCCCGACAUAUUGUCACAAAAUAUGGUAGAAGCCCUCUCGCCUUCGAUUGCUUUUUACUCGGUGUUGCAUUUAGCGAACGAUUUCAACUUACGCUUAAUACCACAACCAGAUUUAGAAGAUUUUAAAAUACGACAAUUAACGGAUUGAUUAUUGUUGUGUUUAUUUUGAUAUGGAUUCGAUGAGUAAAAAUUGUUAGUGCGACGUGCGACCAGUGUACAUUAAAGCAAUCUGACUUACCGCCCCUAUCCAAAACGAAAAAAAAAUUAACAAAUUUUAUAUACUUGUAAUAAAGGCAUCGUAAGACAUUAAGCAAAUAUAAGAUGUACGCAUAGUUAACUGCAACAACAACAAAAUAGUCGGUUUAGCAAUUAAGCAACUAUAUCUAAUUCACUGUCUUAGUUCACUUUUUAAGUACAUUUUCUGCGCAACUUUAUUUUUUCAUCUUCACUUUAGAAAAUAGGGAAUUCUUUAAUACAAAUUUCAAUGCCUUUCGUUUCACUUUAUGAACACAGCACAAAAAAAAAAAACGUUUGCAAUUCUUGUUGCCUAGAGAAUUUGUUGUAGGUGUUUUUUUUUGUUAAAUUUCGUAUUGAAAUAAAUUUAAAAAACGAGAUUUUUAAAUUUUGAUGAAU